AUGGACUCUAUUUCCCGCGCUCCUUCUACAGUCACAGCAGAAAAAGCAAGUCUCCCAGGAAAUGGGAUUGCUCCCAGAGAUUCUGCGCCAGAAGGAGCUUCCUCUGCCAUCUUCUCGCCUUUCUGCAUAGGAAACGGAAGCAUAACACUUUCCCACCGCAUUGUUCUAGCACCAUUAACCCGUAAUCGUGGCCGACCACUCGAUCCCGACGCUCCUACUUCAAAUCCAAAUCGAAUAUGGUAUCCAGACGAUCUAGUAGCGACAUACUAUGCUCAGCGAACCACACCGGGAGGCCUAUUGAUAUCCGAGGGACUUCCUCCUUCGCUCCAAUGCAAUGGCAUGCCCGGCGUACCUGGCAUUUUUCACCCGAAACAGAUAGCAGGAUGGAGAGCAGUUGUGUCCACUGUACAUGAGAAGGGAGGAUAG